GUUCCAGUAAGCGACCGGGCAGCUGUUUGUGGAAACUCCCUCUUGUGUUGUUCUUGCAGGUCAGAGUCGGUCAGAUCAGGAGGAAGAGAAAAUCCAAGAGUAAAGAGUAAAGAAGAUUAACGGAAAUCAUGUAUCCCUGCUGCGGCCUCAUCAUCGUCUGCUCCAAGAAGCCAGUCCCUCUAAAGGGGAUCUCGGUGGACGUCCAGGUGAAAGGCUUCGUGGCCGACGUAUCUGCUACUCUGAAGUAUAAGAACUCGGAGGAGAAUGCGGUGGAAGCCGUCUUCGUGUUCCCCAUGGAUGACGACUCUGCCGUCUACAGCUUUGAGGCGACCGUGGAAGGGAAGAAGAUUGUGGCAGAAAUCCAGGAGAAGGAGCAGGCUCAUAAAACCUACGAUGAAGCCAUCAGCCAGGGCCAGCAGGCCUUCCUACUGGAGGAGGACAAGAGCUCCCGGGACAUCUUCAGCUGCAGCGUGGGGAACCUGCUCCCGGGGCAGGAGGCGGAGGUGACUCUGUGCUUUGUGCGGGAGCUGCCGGUGGAGGCGGAUGGAGCGGUGCGUUUUGUGCUGCCGGCCGUGCUCAACCCCAGAUACACUCCAAAAGAUCAAGAGUUAAGUGUUACCGCGAAACGCCCUCAGGUUCCUAUUGGCCAGAUCCCCUACACCCUGUCCUUGGAUGCUCAUUUCCAAUCUGCAUACGGGGUCACUAAGAUUGAGUCAAACUGUGAGAUCACCCCAAUCGAGUACACCGACAGCGACAAGACUGCAGCCAAGGUGUCCCUGGCCGCUGGCCACAAGUUUGAACGAGACGUGGAGCUCCUGGUUUAUUACAACGAGGUGAACAAACCCAGCGUCACGUUGGAGGCCGGAGUUUCAGACGCCAAAGCGGGGUCUGUGAUGGCCGAUCCGGUUGUCAUGUUAAAUUUCUACCCCAGUUUCCCGAAGUCACAGGAGACGUCCAACUGCGGGGAGUUCAUUUUCUUAAUGGACAGGUCUGGCAGUAUGGAGUGCAGCAUGAAUUCGAAACCAGGUGCGCCACAACGUAUCCAGAGCGCAAAGGAAACGCUGAUCGUUUUGUUAAAGAGUUUACCCCUCGGCUGCUACUUCAAUAUUUUUGGAUUCGGAUCCCAUUUCGAGUCUUUCUUUCCGGAAAGCAUUGAGUACACUCAGGAGUCGAUGGAGAUGGCGCUGCAGAAAGUCAAAGAGAUGGAUGCUAACUUUGGAGGGACAGAAAUCUUACUGCCGUUGAAGAAGAUCUUCAAGACGGGCUGCAGACCAGACCACCCAAGACAGCUCUUCAUCUUCACGGACGGAGAAGUUGGGAAUACGAAGCAGGUGAUCAGGGAGGUUCAACAGAACGCCAGCAACCACCGAUGUUUCACGUUCGGGAUCGGCGAAGGCGCCUCCACGGCUCUCAUUAAAGGCUUGGCCCGCGCCGGGAACGGGACCUUCGAGUUUAUUUCUGGAGAAGACAGAAUGCAGCCUAAGGCUCUGAAGGCCCUCAAACACUCCUUACAGCCGUCUGUGAAAGAAGUCGCCCUCAGAUGGAGCCUUCCUCCGGGACUCGAGGCAGUUCCUCUGUCCAGAACCCCAAGCGCCAUAUUCCAGAGGGCCAUUGUUUAUGCCCAGCUGAAAGGAAAGGUGGAUGAAGGCACCAAAGGAGAAGUUUGCCUGGAGUACAAAUUUAAAGAGGACGUUUUCAAGAACGUUCUGGAGAUUUCCUUCAGUGUCGGGAAAGCAGACCGACCGACCGUCCACAGGCUGGCGGCCAAGGCUCUGAUCUCGGAGCUGGAGAACGGGACAGACUCCGACUCGGAGGAGGCGAAGAAGAGGAUCCUGGAGACCAGCGUCCAGUCCGGAGUCAUCUCCUCGCUCACUGCCUACGUGGCCGUCAAUAAAGACACCAAGAAGCCGGUGGAAGGUCCUCCGAUGCGUCGGGACAUCCCGGCUCCAGGUACGAGUGUAUCAAGUCAAACAAACACAAGAUCUGUGAGGGCAUCUGCCUGUCUGAUGCUUUGUUCGCCCCGUUUUAUGAGGAGUCAUUGCCUUGCACCCAAUACACAGAUGAAGAGGUCGUGUAAAAUGAGUAUGAGCGGAGGGGCGCCCGGGAUUUUGUAUAACGCUGGGGCCCCCGUCAUGAGGAAUUUGCCCGGGUUUGGUUCUGGCGCCCCGGCCCCCGUGAUGGAAUGUGCUGUUGUUAGCAAAAAAAAAGACCGAGGGACCUCCGCUCUGUUGAACCUUAUCUCCCUGCAGAACGCAGAUGGCUCCUGGACCCUUAAUUCCAAGCUGGCCGCCGUCCUGGGAGUAACAGAGAAAGCGAUAAAGGAGAAGCAGCCAGCGCAGGUUACCGAUGAUACGGUCUGGGGGACGGUGCUUGCCGUGAUCUGGCUUCAUGCCUCGUGCUCGGAGCAGAGAGACGAGUGGGAGCUCCUGGAAGGGAAGUCUCUGUCGUGGCUGAAAUCCAGAGCAGGAUCUUCCUUGAGCUCGUUGGUUAACGCCGCCAACGAGCUGCUGGGGUCUUCGGUGGAUCCCAAAGUUCUCGGCCUGUGAAAAGGAAGA